UGCAAUAUAUCAGUUUCCCUUGGGGAUGGGUGGCCCUUUUUCGGUGGCCUUUCUUUCCUCUUUCCUUCUUCUUUUUGCUGCUGCCUUCCUUCUUUGUCACUCGUUUUGCGUUUUAGUUUGGUGGUGAAGUUGAAUGUUUUUGCUAUUUCGAUGGCUUUGUACAGACUCGCUAUGGGCGAACCGUUGUCGUCGCCGCCACCACUUGUGAUGACUGUUCGACCUGGUCCCGACGAUGAUCGGGGAAAGGAGCUGGCCGUUGUAUAUAUACUCGGCUGUGCGAUAUCAGUCAUCUUUGGGGCUCUGAGAUGCUAUGCCCGGAUCAUGUCGCGUGCUACGCAGAUCGACGACUGGUUCAUGUACAUCACAGUGAUAAUGUACAUCCCCCUCACAGUCAUCAUAACAAUCUACGCGCUGCAGGGCGGCACAAGACACCUCUUCUACCUCGCCCAAGACUUCGAGAAAGCAGUAUACCUGACGAAGCUCAACUGGAUCAGCACAAUCUUCGCCGUAAUCUGCUUCAGCACCGGCAAGAUCUCCAUUGCACUUCUCAUCGUUCGCCUCCUUGGCCGCACCUCGCGAUGGCGGAAAUGGCUUUUAUAUUUCGUCAGCGGUCUGUCCGUCGUAAACGGCAUCGGCGCCAUCCUAAUCAACUUCUUGCAAUGCAAAGACGUCAACGCGAUUUGGGAUCCACGCUUGAAACCGUUCACAGAGUGCUGGGACUACGAAGUGCAGGCGGGAUUCGGAUUAUACUCUGCGUGCAUAAACACAUCCCUAGACUUCCUUCUCGCCCUCCUGCCCGUCCCCAUGGUGAUAAACCUAAACAUGAGUCUCGCCACCAAGAUCGGACUCCUCGUUGUCCUCAGCUGCGGUAUCGUCACAGGCGUCAUCAGCGCGCUGAAAACAUCGACCCUCCAUUCUCUAAACGCCGGCUCCGACAUCACGUGGGAUACCUACAUGCUCUAUAUAUGGGUAUCCGUAGAAAUAACGCUAGUCAUUGUUCUUGGAUCGCUUCCGCCGCUUCGUACGCUGUUCAGGAAGGCGGGUGGGACGAAAGCUGGGAACUCGACGAGUGGGGAGGACCGGUAUGCGUUGAGCUCGUUGAGGAACGUGAGGAGUAGAAAGUCUGCGUAUUCUGAGAUUGGAGAGGUGAUGCAUGGGACGACGUUAGAGGAAGACGGUAAUGGGAGGGUGGAGGGGAGGAGAGAAGGGGAUAGAUCGUUGGGUGUGCCAUAGAUCUCAUGAUUUUCUUUCUAUUAUUAGACUUCAAUUCACAUUUUAAUGGUUAUUUGAGCUAUAAGUGACGUCUGUCCACCGACAUGUUCAGUAGCCCUGGAAAGCUCCAACAAGACUCGAAUGGCCUCUUUCGUGCGCAUAUCACCCUCAGCCUACUCGACAGUGUCAGAGCCACAACUCCUCCCUUAGAUCUUUGGAAAAUACAAUGCUCUAUACCUAACCUCAUUCAUUCAAGUUAUCAAUAUGCACGCCGUCCAAAACUCACGCCAAGAAUGCACUGUGCCGCACCUCAAACACCACGCCGCUUACUCGCCUAGAACAUGCAGAACUCAGAAGGUUGCCUGCUCAAACUCUAAUUCUCCCGAGCAAAGCUCGUAUAUGCUAGUUUAUUGGAUUUGCGGUAGACGCGAAAUGAGGCAUGCAGGCGAAGUAAUGGUUUGUAAUUUGCAAGUUGUUGGUAUACAGAAUGAAGAAGUAAUUGAUGUGCGAAUGAAGUGUUGGAGAUACGGUGUAAGUUUGAACCUGAGCUGAUUGCAGCUCAAUGAUUCAUAGAGUCUAGGCGCCUGAGGGCCUGGAAGUCAAGUUGAAGGUUGUGUAGGAGAGCCCGCAACAAUGCUCGUAGGACUCGAUCAAAUCGCCACUCUUCCUUACUUUGAUUCUACUUUGAUGGCGACGUCAACCAUUGCGAGCUUAGUAUUCCUGUCAAGGCCAAUGUUCAGACGAUCCACCAAAAUCGUAAUCUCUACUUCAGUUCUCAAGGUACACAAUCGUGGUACUCGCCUCCCUUACCGGGUACUUUUCCGUACUUCUCUACUCCCUCGCUUCGUUGUGGCAGGCUCAACGGGAACGUACGUACACUAUACCUGUCAACCACUCAUAGCAUGGCUUUGGACAGCUGGUUCAAUCCUCACUGUCUGUCUGAUUAGUCUUACUACUCUGAAUUCUUUUGUAAC